AUGGUCUCUUGUGGCGAGCUCUGGCGUCUCCUGGAUUUUGAUACACAGGAUCAAUGGCGAGAUCAAGACUUUCUCGAUACUAUAACCCCCCCGGACUCUGUUGCACCAGCCUCCGAGGACUUGCCCGACGCCGUUGCCCAAUGGAAAAAGCGAGAGCGGUUCAAACUCAAAAUGUGGAUCCGAAAGGUCAAACGGGAUCUCAAAAACUUGAGCGUGUCCCAUCAGGUUGAGGGCUUCUUUGCCAUUGCAUCGCGUGACCCUCACAAUCCCGAACUCAUCACCGGAGGUAGCUUCAUUGGUGAAGAGUUCCUCGACGUCCUCGAAGGGGGCACCAACACUUGCCAACUGUUCUACAACUUCGUCAACGGCCAGCAAGCAGUCAAGGCAAUCACUGGUGCUUAUCCCAAACCAAGUAACAAGCGCAAACGCCGCUCUGGGAAAGAUCCCAAAGACGGAGAUUGUCCACAUGACUUAGGUAGCAAGCUUGCAAACGCUGCUGAGGUUCGAGCAAAACUCAAGGAGGCCUUGUGCGAAGCCACUGGUGGAGUUUGGACCAAAGGAUGGCCCGGUACGAAAACUGAGCAAAAGCUGCGUGACCUCGACGUUACUCUGCAGGUCCUGCCGAACAGCAAGGGUGUUGUACCAGCGGACUUUUGUGCUCGUCCUUCAGACAUGCGGAUUGCGCGGACUCGCCGCAUUCUGACGGCCUUUGCAAACGGGUGGGUCCGACUGAUUGGUCCACCUGCCGAGGCCUCAGACGAUCGGAUUCGUUCUCUUGGGCACGAGCCCGACUCUGAAGACCCGGACGAAGCCCCCCGUAUAACUGUUUGGCUUAACAGUACCCGAAUCACAAGUGAGCAUCACUCCAGAAACGGUGUGAAAAGAGUUGGCCCCAAACGACCUGUUCGCUCCAAGGCAGGUAAGGCUAGUUGCUCAAAACGUCCUCGCAAGACUAAGAGCCGUAUCUUCGAAUCAGAAGACGAUACAUCAUCCUCGGAAUCGGAUGAUGGAGUCGCUCCCAAGCGCCGCAUGCUGACGAGGCAUGAUCAUGCCCUCAUCAACUCGACUGGUAUCUUCCGGGAGGAAAGAUCAGUGACUCCUACCACUCCCUGA